GUUUCGGUUUCGCUCUCUCGCUGUACUUUCACCUAGUACACUCUACGAGCUGACCACCGUCUCACCUCCAGAUAAGUGUGUACUUUUUAUUCCUUAUCAAAUUCCAUAUCUCUUUGUGUAAAUACAAUUCCGGUCCAGUUACACUUGCCAUUUCGAGUCUUUUAACUUUGAUUCCGUUCUUUAGUACCUGCACGUAGGCAGAGUACUAAUUAAGGUCAUAAACGGUGAAGGAGUUUGUAAGAGCGGUUAUUGUUAGGUCGAAGUAAAUCCUAAGUCCAAUUCUUACAAGUGGUGAGCCCGAGUUUUCACCGUUUGCCUACUUAGUAGCAAAUAAAUAGUCCUUUUUCAUAUUGGUAAUUUGUUUUUCACACAGAGUUAUAAAUUUUAUUUGCCUUGUUUUUACUCAUAUUUUUUGUUAUCAUAUUUGUUGUUAUCAUUCUAUUUAUAUAUCGUCUUGUUCGCGGGAUGGCUGUAACCGUAACUCAGACGAAGGACUCCUCUACCGAAGGGUCGUCAAAAUUAGAUGUGGUGGCCUACAUAGCUAAGCUUUAUGAAGAGAUAGAUAAGUUAAAACAGGAGAGGACACCUAGAGGUCGUUCACAUAGCCGCACCAGCUCGACUCGUGGCAGAUCUUCUUCACGAGCUGGCAGCAGACGUCGUAGGCCUCAAAAUUCCCAACCUGGAGUGUGCUGGUAUCACCGGCGUUAUGGUGAUAAGGCCCAAAAGUGCACUCGCCCGUGCACCUUUGAUGGCCAGCAAUCGGGAAACCAGUAAGCCAGCACGUAUUGGCGACUAACGUCGCUGGCGAACCACUCCCAUGUCGCCUCUUCUAUGUUACCGACCGUACCACUGGGACACGCUUCCUGGUUGACACUGGGGCGGAAGUUAGCGUGAUUCCACCAACAUCUGAAGAGCGCAAGCGGCCACUUUCCUUACAGCUUCGCGCCGCAAACGGUUCGCCAGUCACAACGUACGGCAAAAGGUUCCUGGAUCUUAACAUAGGCCUACGUAGGUCAUUUCGCUGGGUUUUCCUUGUGGCAGAUGUAACUACCGGUAUUAUUGGCAUGGAUCUCAUGCAACACUAUCAGCUACUGGUUGAUACUGGCAAACACAAACUGAUCGAUUCAGCUACAAACCUUUCGAUCUCCGGUGUUGUGACACACACACCUGCAUUAAGCCCAGUAUAUUCAACCCCUGCCUCUAACGGCCCUUACGCUGAAGUUCUUCAGUCCUUUGCCAAUCUGUUCAAACCGGUUUCUAAACUUCCUUGUGUGACGUCUACUGUCACUCAUCAUAUCGUGACCACUGGUCCACCGGUAUUUGCAAAGCCACGGCGAUUGUCCCCAGAAAAACUACAAGCCGUGAAGGCUGAAUUCGAACAUAUGUUAGAUAUGGGGAUAAUCCGCCCUUCCAGCAGCCCGUGGUCUUCCCCUUUACAUGUGGUGCCAAAGAAUAACGGGAUAGAUUGGAGGCCUUGUGGUGACUACCGCAGGCUUAACGCACAGACCGUGCCAGAUCGCUACCCCGUACCACAUAUACAUGACCUUACGUCGUCUCUAAAGGGUGCCAUGGUAUUCAGUAAACUGGACUUAACCAGGGCCUAUCACCAGAUUCCAGUUCACCCAGAUGAUAUUCCUAAAACGGCAGUGAUCACCCCUUUUGGUCUUUUCGAAUUUCUUCGAAUACCGUUUGGUCUCCGCAACGCCGCACAAACAUUCCAGCGAUUUAUUCACGAUGUUUUGCGCGGAUUGGAUUGCGCAUAUGCUUAUCUAGACGAUAUUCUCGUGGCUAGCCCAGAUGAAGCUACCCACCGUAACCAUUUACAGAUGGUAUGUGAGCGGUUAACAACCCAUGAUUUGACACUUAACAUGUCUAAAUGCCAGAUUGGCGUCCAUUCAUUGACCUUCCUGGGACAUGUCAUUAAUGAACAGGGAAUUCGCCCGCUACCUGAGAAGGUGCAGGCAAUACGCGACUUCCCGGAACCUACGUCAAUGAAAUCUUUGCGCACAUUUCUGGGCAUGGUGAGUUAUUACCGACGGUUUGUUCCCCAAUGUGCACAUAUUUUACUGGCACUCACAAACCUACUUAAGAGCAAGAGCCAAACGUUCAGCAUGACACCAGAGGCUCGAGAAGCCUUCCAGAAUAUUAAGUCGGCAAUUGCAGACGCCACCAUGCUAGUCCACCUAGACGUCCAUCUUCCGCUUAGCAUCUCAGUUGAUGCAUCUAACACAGCCAUUGGAGCUGUUUUACAGCAACUGGUACAUACUUCAUGGAUACCAGUUGCCUUUUUCUCCCGGAAGUUGUCCGCCGCUGAAGCGAGGUAUAGCACCUUUGGCAGAGAACUCCUCGCCAUAUACGCGGCUAUCAAACAUUUUCGCCACUUUGUCGAAUGUCGGAAAUUCACAGUAUUUACCGAUCACCAGCCCCUGACGUAUGCCCUCCACACUACCACAGAUAGAUAUUCACUACGCGAAUUGCGUCACUUGGACUACAUCUCACAAUUCACUUCGGAUAUUCGACAUAUUUCGGGGGUUGACAGUGCUGUGGCGGACGCCUUGUCUAGGAUAUGUACCAUGUCGGCGCCGCCAACCAUUGACCUGAAACAAAUGGCGCAACGUCAGCUUACAGAGUUAGAUCUCGAUAAGCUCUCGUCAAAUACCUCCUUGCAUAUCAAGCGUAUACCGCUUGUUGAUAGCGAGGGUACCAUCCUCUGUGAUCUGUCCACCGGUACCCCGAGACCCAUCGUUCCACCUUCAUUGCGCCGUACGGUAUUCGAUAGCCUCCACAACCUUUCCCACCCAGGUAUACGGGCAACGGACAAACUAGUGUCAGCUAGAUUUGUCUGGCCUGGUAUAAAUCGCGACGUGCGUAUCUGGGCACGUGCCUGUGUGCCGUGUCAACGAGGUAAAGUCCACAAACACAACAUCACUCCAGUGGGUUCCUUCUCCACACCUGAUGCUCGCUUUAGCCACGUACAUCUAGAUAUAGUGGGUCCUCUACCACCAUCAAAUGGCCACUGUUACUUGUUGACAUGUGUCGACCGGUUCACUCGUUGGCCAGAAGCUAUUCCCAUCGCUGACACGACCGCGGAAACCAUUUGCCGAGUGUUCAUGGAACGCUGGGUAGCUCAAUUCGGAUGCCCAUCUACGGUGACUACAGACCGUGGACAGCAGUUUGAAUCAACCCACUUCAAGAAGCUCUUAGAGCUGCUGGGGUGCAAACGCAUCUGAACAACCGCGUACAAUCCAGCAGCAAAUGGACUAGUAGAACGUUUUCACCGCCAACUGAAAGCUUCGUUAAUGGUUACCGAGAAUACUAAGUGGACCGAGUCACUUCCCCUAGUGCUACUUAGCAUCCGUUCCACGCUCAAAGCAGACUUACAGUGCACCUCUGCAGAGUUGGUGUUUGGUACCACCCUUCGUCUACCGGGUGAAAUUAUCUCACCUGAAAGUGGUGAACCAAGUGCUACGGAUGUACAUUGUUAUGCUCAGAACCUCAAGCGCCUUAUGCAACGCCUGCAACCAACUCCCACACGCACACAAAACAAGAGAGUGCAAGUAGAUGCUAGACUCGAUGACUGUACCCACGUUUUUGUGCGUUGCGACGCCGUUCGUAGACCGUUACAACCUCCUUAUGAUGGACCAUUCAAGGUCGUUAGUAGGAAAGAAAAUUUUUUUGUUAUUGAUCGACUUGGCCGUCAAGACACCGUAAGUGUCGACAGACUUAAAAGCGGCCUACAUUGAAGAAUCUGUACCCCUCACGCCUACACAACCAGCAACUACGCCCGCACCCACACCCCAGCCAAGUGUUAUUGUCCAAAAUCCUACUAAACCUAGCAGUUCUCCGGAUGAGACAGGUAAAGCACCGGUUACACGCUCUGGUCGGCGUGUACACUGGCCUAAACGAUACUGUGAAUUUGUUAACUAAACGCUUUUAAUUACAAGAAUAACUCAUACCUUCAUGUCUUUUCUCACGUUACAUUCAUUUUUCAUGAUAUUUACUCUUUUGGGUUUCGUUUGUGGGCAGUAGCCACUUUUUCAUUUACUAAUCCUGUUAGAUUUCUUUCUCGUUACAGUGUUCUAACAUUUUAUUUUUGGCGUUGCACUCGAACCGCUAACUAGACCAGUCCAUUCCAUUGUCUUAUGGUGGCUCCCAACACUCGUGGAAUUACAAACCAAACGAACAAAAAUAUGGACCAGAUAAAAAAAAUAAUAAAAUAAAUAAAAAAAUAUAAUAAAAUGUAAAAACAAAAACUUUCACUGUAUAGUUAAAAAGACCGUUAAAUAUUUUUGCAUAUAAAUACGUCACUUCUAUGCUGUACAUUUUAAUCCGCUCAAUCUAUUUUCACAGAUCUUACUAUUUUUACUCGAGUUAUGCCAUGACGAAACUUAUUUAUUUUGUGACCCAUACUUGUAAUUACUUUGCAUCACUUUAAUUAUACAGCUCGCUACAUUUUUUU